AGACUGCUUUGGUGGCCGCUCAAGCCAUGGCCCACACGGAAGAGAUGGCAAGCUGGGAGGCCAAGCUGAAAAAAGCCGAGGAGGACGGGCAACGUUGGAAAGCGCAGUGCCAUGGCCUCGAGCACGACCUCUCCGCCGAAUUGAAGAGCGUGGAAGGCGCGUUCGCCGCCCGUUUGAAAGAGACUCAGGAUGAAGUCGUGUCCAAGGAGAUCCAGCUGAGAGCGGUCACGGCCCAGCUGGCGGACAUGCAGCAACGCAUUGCUGUGGCAGAGAGAGAGGGUGAGGAAAGUCGUCAGAAGCUGGAAGAAGCAGGGCGGAAAGAAGCGCGGCUCGUGCGCGAGAUGGCCGAGAAAUUGGAAGCAGAGAAAGCUCGACGGGUCAAAGAUGUGAUGGACAUGAAGGACCGGGUGGCCCAACGGGCCCAGGAGCAGUUCGCGGUUGCUCAGGAGCACUUUAAUCAAUUAGCCAGCACCUUGGAAGGGAAGGAGGCCGAA